AUGGACAGGUUGCCGAGGAGAGGUUGUAAUAGUACAUGGACAGGCUGGGGGUUGCCGAGGAGAGGUUGUAAUAGUACAUGGACAGGUUGCCGAGGAGAGGUUGUAAUAGUACAUGGACAGGCUGGGGGUUGCCAAGGAGAGGUUGUAAUAAUACAUGGACAGGCUGGGGGUUGCCGAGGAGAGGUUGUAAUAGUACAUGGACAGGCUGGGGGUUGCCAAGGAGAGGUUGUAAUAAUACAUGGACAGGCUGGGGGUUGCCGAGGAGAGGUUGUAAUAGUACAUGGACAGGCUGGGGGUUGCCGAGGAGAGGUUGUAAUAGUACAUGGACAGGCUGGGGGUUGCCGAGGAGAGGUUGUAAUAGUACAUGGACAGGCUGGGGGUUGCCGAGGAGAGGUUGUAAUAGUACAUGGACAGGCUGGGGGUUGCCGAGGAGAGGUUGUAAUAGUACAUGGACAGGCUGGGGGUUGCCGAGGAGAGGUUGUAAUAGUACAUGGACAGGCUGGGGGUUGCCGAGGAGAGGUUGUAAUAGUACAUGGACAGGCUGGGGGUUGCCGAGGAGAGGUUGUAAUAGUACAUGGACAGGCUGGGGGUUGCCGAGGAGAGGUUGUAAUAGUACAUGGACAGGCUGGGGGUUGCCGAGGAGAGGUUGUAAUAGUACAUGGACAGGCUGGGGGUUGCCGAGGAGAGGUUGUAAUAGUACAUGGACAGGCUGGGGGUUGCCGAGGAGAGGUUGUAAUAGUACAUGGACAGGCUGGGGGUUGCCGAGGAGAGGUUGUAAUAGUACAUGGACAGGCUGGGGGUUGCCGAGGAGAGGUUGUAAUAGUACAUGGACAGGCUGGGGGUUGCCGAGGAGAGGUUGUAAUAGUACAUGGACAGGCUGGGGGUUGCCGAGGAGAGGUUGUAAUAGUACAUGGACAGGCUGGGGGUUGCCGAGGAGAGGUUGUAAUAGUACAUGGACAGGUUGCCGAGGAGAGGUUGUAAUAGUACAUGGACAGGUUGCCGAGGAGAGGUUGUAAUAGUACAUGGACAGGUUGCCGAGGAGAGGUUGUAAUAGUACAUGGACAGGUUGCCGAGGAGGGGUUGGGAAAAAGCUGCCUAUGUAAUGCCCUACUAGUUUACAUGUCCUAUUGAAAUGAAGGUCAACCUGUAGUUCUGUCACAUUCUCUGAGAAGGGAAGCCGUGAUACAUAUCCACGUGACCAUACUACAAUAAUGAUGUUGUUUUUAAACUUCUUGGCAUGACUGUGUGUUUUAGAACGAAUAACGAAGUCUAUUUGUACACCGCUGUCUAGUCUGUCCCAUGUGUCUGGUCCUAGAAAAACGUUAUCUAAGAGCAUUAAUCACAGGAUGUAUCUUAGUUAGUGGAGUGUUUUCUAAAACAUUUGUUCCCCUUGAUGUUGAUAUUGGUAAAGGUGGACGUGUUAUCUUUAGUCUGUCUCUCAGGGUCGGGGUCAAUUCCAUUUCAAUUCAGUCAGUUCAGGAAUUACAUUGAAUUGACUGAGGUUCGCGUCCCAAAUGUCACCAUAUUCCCUAUAUAGUGCACUACUUUUGACCCUGGUAGUUCACCAUAUCGGAAAUAGGGCUCUGGUUUAAAAGUAGUGCACUACAGGGAAUAGGAUACCAUUUGGGACGUAGCCUGAAAUGACAUGGAAGGAACCUUAACCCUGUUGUCUCUAUUAUAACAAGACUAUGACCAAAACCAUUCAACCUGACCCCUGACCCCGGUCUGUUUUGGUGUUUUGGUAGAUAAAUUGGUGCCGCGACGGAACUCGAGGUGGCCAGGGGCGUCGUCUGUGAGGGUAGAACGAAGGAAGGAAGGACAGGAGGACAGACAGGCGGGCGGGCGGACAGACAGACAGACAGACAGGUGUCUGUUGUACACGUUAGAACACACUAACACCUGGUCUGGAACCACAGGACUUCCAGGAGAGCCGUUACAUGACCCAGGACAAAAUAAACGAGAGGGAAAAAAGACUCUCAUUUUAGGGUGCUAAGUUAUUUUUUUGAAUUAAGUGAUUUAAAAAAAUAUAUUAUAAUAAUUAUGAUUUCUAAUUGGGAGGGGGGGGCCAGGACUGGGUGUUUGUGACCCGGUGUGUUGGGGUGUGUUACAGUCCUGGGUCAAAUAUAUAAUGUCAAAUGCUUUCAAAUACCACUAUGUCAUAAAAGGCACCCUAUUCCCUAUUUAGUGCACUACUUUUGACCGGGACCAUAGGGCUCUGAUCAAAUGUAAUGCACUAUAUAGGCAAUAUAGUGCAAUUUGGUACAAAGUCCAGGGCUGUGCUUAGUUUAGUUCAGUGGUUCCCAACCCAUGGGUACUAGGAGGGGGUACUAGAGGGGGUACUAGAGAAGACUCAUGAGACCAUAGGCCUACCGGUCAAAAUGCACAUGAGGGGGUACUUCAGGGGUACUCUGGGCAGAGCCAAAUUUAGUUGGUGGUACACUAACCGGAAAACAAAGAAAAAAGGUUGGGAACCACUGGUUUAGUGUUUCCUGUAUAAUGGAACCAAUGAAACCGAUUUGAGUAUUCCCAAGAGGACAAACUCCAAACUAAAUCAAGGUCACAAAGGCUCCGUCCCAGAUGGCACCUUGGAAGAGCAGUGGAUGUACCAGAGACCAUGUGAUCUGUCUCUGGGGUGUUAAGACUCUACUGUACCAGAGACCAUGUGAUCUGUCUCUGGGGUGUUAAGACUCUACUGUACCAGAGACCAUGUGAUCUGUCUCUGGGGUGUUAAGACUCUACUGUACCAGAGACCAUGUGAUCUGUCUCUGGGGUGUUAAGACUCUACUGUACCAGAGACCAUGUGAUCUGUCUCUGGGGUGUUAAGACUCUACUGUACCAGAGACCAUGUGAUCUGUCUCUGGGGUGUUAAGACUCUACUGUACCAGAGACCAUGUGAUCUGUCUCUGGGGUGUUAAGACUCUACUGUACCAGAGACCAUGUGAUCUGUCUCUGGGGUGUUAAGACUCUACUGUACCAGAGACCAUGUGAUCUGUCUCUGGGGUGUUAAGACUCUACUGUACCAGAGACCAUGUGAUCUGUCUCUGGGGUGUUAAGACUCUACUGUACCAGAGACCAUGUGUGUGAUCUGUCUCUGGGGUGUUAAGACUCUACUGUACCAGGUGCAUGCCUGACAUGUCGCAAAUAUAACCACGGUUUUUAGAGCUACAAAAAAUAUUUUAUAAUAGAAUAAUUCAAUUGUUUAAUUAUACCAUCAUCAUAACUUUGUAUUAUGUUUGUUAUUAUUUUUAUUAUUAUUAACAUUCUGGUAUUUAAUCGUAAAGGAGAUUAACAGUUUUUAUUAUGAUGUUUAUUUUGCUUUAAUUCUGUGUAUUUGGAUGUAUUGAUACUUAUUAAAUGUUUACAUGUACCCGUAUUGGACACGAUCCAGCAGGUCGUUUUGUAUGUACGUCCCGAUGAUAUCAUUUGUAAAAGUGCGAAGUUUUGCGGAUUGCACAAGACCAAAAAAGAAACUACACAGAAACAAACAAAUAAAGAAGUAGACUGAAGUAGGAAUGGAAUUAUGCAAAUCA